GGGUUUUUCUGAGAGGAAUGUGCGGAGAUGGUGUGCUGAGCAGGGGCUGCUCACACAAUUCUGUUCAGACAGCCAGCUUGAAGUUGAAGUCGCUGAAGGUAUUGCUGAGACUGGAUCAUCUUUUGGUCGAAAAAUGAUGACUGGAUAUCUUUCUGCAAAAGGCAUUAAAGCUUCUGAAGGCAGAGUGGGCAAAGUGUUGAGAAGCAUUCAUCAACCCUAUCAUGCAGCAAGACAGCAGCAAGAAGAUUGUCAGUCAUUCCACCAUGCCGGUAAAAAACAACAUCAUCAUUUACGAGGAUGUGUACAGACCUGCUCUGCUUUCUUGUGGACUGUGGGAUCAGGUCAGAGUUGACUGUGGGAAGGAGUUUUACCUGGCACUGUUCAUCCAGGAAAGGCUGGCACAAUACAGAUACAAUUGUCAGAGGCAGCCCUACAUUCAGACACCUUCUACAAGGAACCAUGUGAUUGAGAGAAUGUGGUCAGAGGUAAAUGCCCGAGUCAACUAUCCUCUGAAGACUGCUUUGGUACAACUGGUGGACAUGGAGGAACUGGACAUGGAGGACAGCACAUCCAAGUACUGUGUGUCAAACUUGACAUGCCAGAUGGCCAGGAUUGGUAUCACUAAUGUUGUAGAGGCAUGGAAUGCACACAGAAUCCCAGGAAAAGGAAUACCAAAUGAACUGGCUAAAGGGGGGUGUCCUGCAAAAAUUCCUGAGGAACUUCUGCCUAAUGGUGCCGCUGCAGCUGACCUGUAUCAGCAGGAGGUGGGAUCAGCCUUGAAGAGAGAUUCCAUUUUUGGACUGGAGCCUUUCUCCUCUGAAGAAGCCAAACAGUGGACUGAAACAGAGUUUGGUUCUCAUUUUGACUUGUUUUCACUUUACCAAAACGUGGUUCAUCAUAACUAUGGACCCUUUAAAGAUGCUGUUAGGUUUCUUAUUGACAUCACCAGAUGUUGUGUGUGAUCCAUUAGUGGUAUUCAAUGAAGAAACGAGUAAACUUCUCCAAAAAAAAUUUAUUACAGAGAAAACUACAAGCUGUUUCAAUUUAUAACAGUUCAAAUAAUUUGUAUUUACAAUCUUGUUUCUGAUUGUUGGCAAUAAAGGAGAACUUGCAAUUCUC